UUCAUAUUUUCCGCCAUUUACCUCAAGUAGUAAUUACUCAAGUAAUUACUUAACAAAAACAUGCUGCAGGGAUUGAUUCAGAGAACCUGCCUGGUGGCAUUCAACACGGCACAAACCAUCCUAGUGCGCCAGAAGCAUGCCUUCGACCGGGCCGUGCUCAAGCCGAAGGUCCGCUGCCACUUCCCCAAGCCCCGCGAGGUGAAACGCAUCAACGUCCACGGCUGGGACACUCGCAUGUCCACCCCAGAGGGACGUCGUGUACUGAUGCGCAGGAUACUGAAGGGCAGACACAAUAUCUCGCAUUAGCCUCUAUAUCAAUAAAGCUUCAUUUGGAUUUUUACUUUUCAUAAAA